AUGAAUUAUAUGUAUCAUUCAGAUGUUGAAGGGAAGCAGUUCAAUGCAAUAAGACCGGUGUGGGGAUUUUCGCAAGUGCUUCCGCUUGAUACGUUCAAUGAUCCUAAAAACGGAUAUGUGUUCGAGGGAGAUCAAUGUGAGUUUGGUGUUGAUGUGAUGGUUCCACUUGUCAACUGGGAAGUUGUCUCUUUCCCUAUGAAACCCCCUGAUAAAAAGUUUUCCUGGACGCUCAAGAAAUUCUCUAAGUUGAAAGAUCAUUGCUACGUAUCAGACACGUUCAUUAUGGGAGGAAAGAACGGGGUUAUAAAGUUGUAUCCCAAGGGCUACACUACAACAUAUUCCAAAUCUUUGUCCAUGUUUGUGUUUCUGGCUGAUAGUGAAACAAUGAAGGCAGUUGACAAUAGAUACAAUUACGACAAUCGAACUCAAGGUUGGGGUUGGUAUCACUUUAUAUAUUUAGAUAAACUUCGGGAGGCUUAUUUGGACAAAGAAGACUCUUUGCAAGUAGAUAUCGAAUUUGCAGUUGUUUCGACUACCACGUCUUCUCCAUGA